UUCAUAGGUUGACGUUCAACCACUGAGUCACACUGGCCGGCCGCCACAGGCAUUCUGUUAGAUAGUUUUACUAACAGGAUUUCACUCUGAAUUUGUCCUCCUUUUGCAGACGGGGAAACGGGCUCCAAGGGCCGAAGGGGUGGAGAAGGUCCUGCUGCCCAGAGGGGAGGGCUGUGCCUGGCACCUCCCCCUGACUACACCCAGCUCUCAGUCCCUGCACCGCCCGCUGCCCGCAGGUCCUGGCCCCUGGGCCCUGGCGCUGGACCCCUCAGGAACAGGUUUAGGGAAUGCGUGUGGGAAGGGAGGCCUGGGCCCAGGGGACCCUGCCAGUCACUGCUCUCCUAAUGCCCUGAGCUCUCCUUGCCCGCGGGUGCCAGGACCGACACCGGCCUCCCCAUUUGGCCUUCCUGUCGUCCCGGCAGGAGGAUCACACAUCCUGUCCCAUCCGCCCCGCCCCCACCCGCCUGCCCACAUGCCCUGCUUCCUGGAGGGUCAGCGUCUGGAUUUGAACAGGGGCAGAGCCCGAGGGCCUCCAGGUGCUGCAGUCCCUGCUCCAGUACCGAGUACCUGCUGGGCCCUGGGCACGCAGGGGCCGUAGCCCCACUGUGUGUGGGAGCCAUGAGGAUCCUGGCUAACAAGACAAGGUUGCCCCACCCCAGGAGGAGAGAAGCUCCAGGGAGCCCACCACUGUCCCCCCGUGGCCACUGCCCCCCUGCCCCAUCCAAACCAAUGCACCCAGAAAAUAAGCUGACCAAUCAUGGCAAGACAGGGAAUGGUGGGGCCCAAUCCCAGCAUCAGAAUGUGAACCAAGGACCCACCUGCAACCUGGGCUCGAAGGGUGUGGGGGCGGGGAACCAUGGGGCCAAGGCCAACCAGAUUUCACCCAGCAACUCCAGCCUGAAGAACGCCCAGGCCCAGGCCGGGGGGCCCCCCUUCAGCUCGCUCAAGGGCAAAGUGAAGAGGGAGCGGAGUGUAUCUGUGGACUCUGGAGAGCAGCGUGAGGCUGGGACGCCCUCCCUGGACUCAGAGGCCAAAGAGGUGGCACCCCGGAGCAAGCGGCGCUGUGUGCUGGAGCGGAAGCAGCCGUACAGCGGAGACGAAUGGUGCUCAGGACCAGACAGCGAGGAGGACGACAAGCCCAUCGGGGCCACCCACAAUUGUAAUGUAGGAGACCCUGCCAUGGCGGCCCCACAGCUGGGUCCCGGCCAGACCCCCCAGCUUCCCCUCAGUGAGGGCAGUGCCCCAGGCCCCCCGCACGGGCCCCCAGCAGCCCUGCGGCCAGAUGCCUCCGGGGGCAGUGGUGUCCCCGGAAAGCCUCCCUCACAAUUUGUGUAUGUCUUCACCACCCACCUGGCUAACACGGCUGCGGAGGCUGUGCUGCAGGGCCGGGCCGACUCCAUCCUGGCCUACCACCAGCAGAAUGUGCCCCGGGCCAAGCUUGACCAGGCCCCCAAAGCGCUCUCCACCCCAGAGCCGCUCCCCCUGAGCACACCGUCUGCAGGCACCCCACAAUCCCAGCCACCUCAACUGCCACCCCCGCCCCCAGCCCCUGGCAGUGCCCCCCCCGCUCUGCCUUCUGAGGGACCUCCUGAGGACACUAAUCAGGACCUGACACCCAACUCAGUGGGAGCUGCCAGCACAGGUGGUGGGACUGGGGGUACCCACCCGAACACCCCUACAGCUGCUACGAACAACAACCCGCUGCCUCCAGGAGGAGACCCCAGCGUCGCCCCUGGCCCUGCCCUCCUUGGGGAGGCCCCCCCCCCAGGAAGCGGGCAGCGCAGCCUGGUGGGCUCGGAGGGGCUGUCCAAGGAGCAGCUAGAGCACCGGGAGCGCUCCCUACAGACCCUGCGGGAUAUUGAACGGCUGCUGCUCCGCAGUGGGGAGACCGAGCCUUUCCUCAAGGGACCCCCGGGGGGCGCAGGUGAGGUCGGACCACCAGCACCAGCCCCUUCCGCGCCCCCGCAGCCCCCCACUGCCCCUCCUGGCGGGCUGAAGAAGUACGAGGAGCCCUUGCAGUCCAUGAUUUCGCAGACACAGAGCUUAGGGGGCCCCCCACUGGAGCAUGAGGUGCCUGGGCACCCCCCAGGCGGGGACAUGGGACAGCAGAUGAACAUGAUGAUGCAGAGGCUGGGCCAAGACAGCCUGACGCCCGAGCAGGUGGCCUGGCGCAAGCUGCAGGAGGAGUACUAUGAGGAAAAGCGGCGGAAGGAGGAGCAGAUUGGGCUCCACGGGGGCCGCCCGCUGCAGGACAUGAUGGGCAUGGGCGCGGUGAUGGUGAGGGGGCCGCCGCCUCCCUACCACAGCAAGCCUGGGGACCAGUGGCCGCCCGGGAUGGGCGCCCAGCUGCGGGGGCCCAUGGAUGUCCAAGAUCCCAUGCAGCUCCGGGGCGGACCUCCCUUUCCCGGCCCCCGUUUCCCAGGCAACCAGAUGCAACGGGUGCCUGGGUUUGGGGGCAUGCAGGGCAUGCCCAUGGAGGUGCCUAUGAAUGCCAUGCAGAGGCCUGUGAGGCCGGGCAUGGGCUGGACCGAAGACUUACCCCCCAUGGGGGGGCCCAGCAGUUUUGCUCAGAACCCCGUGCCCUACCCAGGUGGGCAGAGUGAAGCAGAGCGAUUCAUGACCCCCCGGGUUCGUGAGGAGCUGCUGCGGCACCAGCUGCUAGAGAAGCGGUCCCUGGGUAUGCAGCGCCCCAUGGGCAUGGCCAGCGGCGGCGGCAUGGGGCAGGGCGUGGAGAUGGAGCGGAUGAUGCAGGCGCACCGGCAGAUGGACCCAGCCAUGUUCCCCGGGCAGAUGGCGGGCGGUGAGAGCCUGGCGGGCACUCCCAUGGGCAUGGACUUUGGCGGAGGCCGGGGCCUUCUAAGCCCCCCGAUGGGGCAGUCCGGGCUGAGGGAGGUGGACCCCCCCUUGGGGCCAGGCAACCUCAACAUGAACAUGAACGUGAACAUGAACAUGAACAUGAACCUGAAUGUGCAGAUGACCCCGCAGCAGCAGAUGCUGAUGGCGCAGAAGAUGCGAGGCCCUGGGGACAUGCUGGGUCCGCAGGGCCUCAGCCCCGAGGACGUGGCCCGGGUGCGGGCCCAGAGCAGCGGCGGCCUAGUGGGCGGCCCGCAGAAGAUGCUGAUGCCCUCGCAGUUCCCCAGCCAGGGCCAGCCGGGCUUCUCCGGAGGCCAGGGGCCCUACCAGGCCCUGCCACAGGACAUGGGCAACACCCAGGACAUGUUCAGCCCCGACCAGAACUCCAUGCCCAUGAGCAAUGUGGGGACCACUCGGCUCAGCCACAUGCCUCUGCCCCCUGCAUCCAACCCUCCGGGGUCUGUGCACGCAGCCCCAAGCCGGGGGCUGGGCCGACGCCCUUCAGACCUCACCAUCAGUGUUAAUCAGAUGGGCUCGCCGGGCAUGGGGCACCUGAAGUCGCCCACACUUAGCCAGGUGCACUCCCCGCUGGUCACCUCGCCCACUGCCAACCUGAAGUCACCCCAGACUCCCUCACAGAUGGUGCCCUUGCCUUCUGCCAACCCGCCGGGACCUCUCAAGUCGCCCCAGGUCCUGGGCUCCUCGCUCAGUGCCCGCUCGCCCACGGGCUCUCCCAGCAGGCUCAAGUCUCCCUCCAUGGCGGUGCCUUCUCCGGGCUGGGUCGCCUCGCCCAAGACAGCCAUGCCCAGCCCUGGGGUCGCCCCGAACAAGCAGCCGCCUCUCAGCAUGAACUCAUCCUCCACCCUGGGCAGUAUGGAGCAGGGUGCCCUCCCGCCCGGCGGUCCCCGGAGCAGCUCCUCGGCGCCUCCCGCCAACCCCACCGGCGGCCUCAUGACCCCCAGCCUGCCGUUCACUUCCUCCCCAGAUCCCUCGCCGUCCCAGAACCCGCUGUCGCUGAUGAUGUCCCAGAUGUCCAAGUACGCCAUGCCCAGCUCCACGCCGCUCUACCACAACGCCAUCAAGACCAUCGCCACCUCGGACGACGAGCUGCUGCCCGACCGGCCCCUGCUGCCCCCGCCACCACCGCAGGGCUCCGGGCCAGGGAUCAGCACCAACCAGUCCAACCCGAUGCACCUGAACUCAGCUGCUGCCCAAAGCCCCAUGGGCAUGACCCUGCCAGGCCAGCAGCCCCUGUCCCACGAGCCCCAGCCUGCCAUGCUCCCCUCCCCCACCCCUCUGGGUUCCAACAUUCCACUGCACCCCAAUGCUCAGGGGACAGGGGGGCCUCCUCAGAACUCAAUGAUGAUGGCUCCAGGGGGCCCAGACUCCCUGAAUGCUCCCUGUGGCCCUGUGCCCAGCUCCUCCCAGAUGAUGCCCUUCCCCCCACGGCUGCAGCAGCCCCAUGGCGGCGGCGCCAUCCCCAGUGGGGGUGGGGGACCGGGCCUACAGCAGCACUACCCCUCGGGCAUGCCCCUGCCCCCCGAGGACCUGCCCGGCCAGCCACCUGGCCCCAUGCCCUCCCAGCAGCACCUGAUGGGCAAAGGCAUGGCUGGGCGCAUGGGCGACGCGUACCCGCCGGGUGUGCUCCCAGGGGUGGCAUCCGUCCUGAACGACCCCGAGCUGAGCGAGGUGAUCCGGCCCACCCCGACGGGGAUCCCCGAGUUCGACUUGUCCAGGAUCAUCCCCUCGGAGAAGCCAAGCAGCACCCUCCAGUACUUCCCCAAGAGCGAGAACCAGCCCCCCAAGGCCCAGCCCCCCAAUCUGCAUCUCAUGAACCUGCAGAACAUGAUGGCGGAGCAAACCCCCUCACGGGCCCCCAACCUCCCAGGCCAGCAGGGUGUCCAGCGGGGGCUCAACAUGCCCAUGUGCCACCCUGGACAGAUGUCCUUGCUGGGCAGGACAGGUAUGCCCCCGCAGCAGGGCAUGGUGCCCCACGGUCUGCACCAGGGGGUCCUGUCCCCGCCGCAAGGCCUCAUGACCCAGCAGAAUUUCAUGCUGAUGAAGCAGCGGGGCGUGGGGGGCGAGGUCUACAGCCAGCCCCCCCACAUGCUCUCCCCGCAGGGCUCCCUCAUGGGGCCCCCGCCCCAGCAGAACCUCAUGGUGUCCCACCCUCUGCGGCAGCGCAGCGUGUCUCUGGACAGCCAGAUGGGCUACCUCCCCGGCCCGGGCGGCAUGGCCAACCUGCCCUUCUAGCACUCCCUGCCUGGGGCCGGGCAGCACUGCAAAUAGUGUCACCUGAAAAGUGUCUUCCCUCCAGUGUUGGGGUGACCUGGGGUCCAGGGUGGGUUGGAGGGUGGGAGGGGCUUGUGUGGGGAAUGGCAUUUGUGGCAACCAGACGUGCUGGCAGCUGAGUGGGAUGGCAGUGGGAGGGCUCUGGGUAGGGAGUUGUUCCAUGUGGCCAUCAGACCAUCCCACCCCACCCCCAAGUCCUUGGAGCCUGUUUUCCCUGUGUCUCUGCACCCCUCACUCAGCUCUGUGUUCCGAGUCCCGUGUGGAGUCCUCGGAGGGGAGAGGAAGAGGAGGUGACAUCUCCCUUCUCCAUCCCCCCUUCCCACCACUCUCUCCAGUGCCCAGCCUUGCUGCUCCUGGUUCUGCUCCCACCUGGUUCUUCUCUUUUCCUGCCUCAUCUCCUCUCUCUGCUGCUGUGGCUGACCCCCUCACCCCCUCACCGCCCCCCGCCCCGCAGGUGGCCGGCCAGGUGGGCGGGGCUGCCCUGGCGCAUGGAGAGCUGCGCUUUGUGCUGGUCUGUGUGCGCCUCAGUCCUGUGCUUUGACAGAGGUCACCCAAAGGAGGGAUGGAAGAAGCUCCUCCCCUCUUUCAGAUUACUGCCCCGGGCCUGCAGCCUGACACACCUGUCUGCUGCUCACAGCACCUCUGGGUCUCUAGAGGGUGCCAUUCUGGUACCCCCAAAUGGGGAAAUGAGAGCCCAAACCUGAUGCAUAACCCACACCUGAUAGAAUGUCCAAACCUGACAGAUGGCCCACCCCUGACAUAGCCCUGCACACCUGACA